AUGGCAAGUGGGUGCUGGCUGUGUGGCCCGCGGAACCAGCGCAGCCUUCUUCCGUGCCUGGGCCAUGAACCACGGGUCCGGGCAGAUAUCCAGGGCGUCUUCUCAGGCCUCUGGGCUGGGCGUUACAGCGCAUAUCCAUCCCCUGUGGCCACCCGACCGGUGCAGUCUGCAGGUACUUGCCACGUCACGUCCAGAUCCUUCGACCUCACCACCUGGCUGGUCCUCCGAUCCUAG